AUGGCCACCGUGUUGUUGAUAACUGGCUUUGUGCUUCUCGUAAUGGAAACCGUCGUUGGAAUGGUAGCAAAUGGAUUUAUUGUCCUGAUCAACUUUAUUGGCUGGUUCCGAAGCAGGAAACUAUCCCCAAAUGACCUGAUCCUGACCUGGCUUGGCUUGGCUAGACUUGCGGGGCUGGCAGUAAUGAUUCUGGAUGUAACGAUUUUGUCCUUUUUUCUGUGCACCUACACAUUGAUUGAGGUGCGCUUAGCAGUUACCAUCAUGUGGCUCUUUACAAGCACCAUCAACCUUUGGUUUGCUGCCUGUCUCGGUGUUUGGUACUUAAUGAAGAUCGCCAUCUUCUCCCACCCCGCUUUCCUCCAAGCGAAACAAAGAGCCUCACAGCUGGUCCCGUGGCUGCUUCUGGGUUCAAUUGUCUUCUCUGCUUUUAUUACUAUUAUUAUUAUCAUCACACACAUAAGACAUUUGCAACACAGUGGAAUCGGAGUCAGGGACCUCAACACCAUCGUUCACUUGAGUGCCAUCAAAGCUCUGGCUUCCUUUGCUGUUUUGUACCUGUCCAGUUUUGUAGCAAUCACUUUACAAGCAAUGCUGCCUUGGAGAGGACAUGAUAACAUUUGGACAUCUGUGCUUUUUCAAACCAUGCGGGCUCUGUAUCCCUCUGGGCAUGCUGUUAUCCUGAUAUUAAUUAAUCCUAAACUGAAAAAGGCAUGGCUGGAGCACCUGAAGCUCGGCAGCAGAGAGGGCGAUGAGAUCAGCAGGAUCCCGGCCUCGUUUUAA